GGCUAUUGCUCGUCAGCUUGAAACGCGGUUCAUCCAAUCGCAGUGCAGAGUCAAACGUUUAAUCUCGCAAUGAGCAAUUAUGCGAGAAUCCAGGUGUUUCCCCCCCGACUCUCGCCGUUAAAAAGUUGUGACCCAUCAAAGAGUUCCGCGAAUUUGAAUGCGCCAUAAAAGAAGCGUUUUGUGUCUGUUUUAAUUUGUUGGUGAGACGUUAGCGUCGGUCCCGGUUUGCGCUUGUGGCGCAAUCUCCUCCCCUCAGCGGAUUCCAGCAGAAGCAGUCCGCCUGAGAUUCUGUGGAGGAAUCGCGCCGAGCAAGAUGGCGCUGUGUGGUUCAGCACCGAACAGCUCCCGUCGGGCUUUUUAACCAACACUUCAAACAAUCAAUUAAAACAAAGGCCAGAAUUCACCUCGUGGGUUUUUUUCUCUUCUUCUCCCCCUUCGGUCGGAACGCGAGGAAUGCUCCGCAGGACGCUCGCUUCGUUUGGUGCAGAGAAGCAGCAGAGCCCACCGCAGAGACCCUCUCCACAAGAAUGACCAGAGAAGAUUCAAACGAACACGGCGGUGGCUUGCGCUGAGACCCAUCCAUGAUCCCCGUGGAUUAAUCUGGCUAUUCCCCCGUUUUGGCUCUGUAACAUGGAGGAGCGAGAAAACGACACGUUCGAACAGCAAACAAACUCUUUUAUUUAACAUCAGAGGCAUCGUUUCUGGACUUCGCGUUGUCUUCAGCAUGUCAGGAGGCACCGUAACGCUGCUGGUCAUGUCUGCGUCGUUUUUCAACCCUAGUUUUGCGCUGAGCUCUCAUUUUGACUCAGAUGGCGCUCCACUGAGUGAGCUGUCCUGGUCGUCCUCUCUGGCCGUGGUGGCUGUGUCUUUCUCUGGACUCUUUACCUUUAUCUUCCUCAUGCUGGCUUGCCUGUGCUGUAAACGCGGUGACAUUGGCUUUAAGGAAUUUGAGAAUGCAGAGGGAGAGGAAUAUCCAGCGGACAUGUCCACGCCGGCAUCGCCUGCAUCUCACACAGGUCCUGACGUCUAUAUCUUGCCACUCACCGAGGUCUCUCUGCCCGUCGCCAAGCAACCCGGCCGAUCAGUCCAGCUCCUGAGAUCCACGGAUCUUGGCCGCCACAGUUUGCUUUAUAUAAAGGAGAUUGGACAUGGCUGGUUUGGCAAGGUAUUGUUGGGGGAGGUUCACUCUGGUCUCAGCAGUACCCAAGUGGUGGUGAAGGAACUAAAGGCCAGUGCCAGCGUGCAGGACCAGAUGCACUUUCUGGAAGAGGCUCGGCCAUAUCGGUCUCUCCAGCAUCCAGCUCUAGUACAAUGUCUCGCUCAGUGCACAGAAGUCACACCCUACUUAGUGGUCAUGGAAUUCUGCCCACUGGGUGAUGUUAAAGGUUACCUGCGCAGCUGCCGGGCAACAGAUUCCAUGACCCCUGACCCCUUACUACUUCAGAGGAUGGCGUGUGAGAUCACUUCAGGCCUGCUUCACCUUCACAAAAACAACUUCAACCAUAGUGAUCUGGCUUUGAGAAACUGCCUGCUAACCUCAGACAUAAAAGUUAAGAUUGGAGACUAUGGACUAGCGCACAACAAGUACAAGGAUGAUUACUUUGUGACAUCAGACCAGACCUGGAUUCCCUUACGCUGGAUUGCCCCUGAACUGGUUGAUGAGGUUCAUGGUAACUUACUGGUGGUGGAUCAAACCAAGGAAAGCAACAUCUGGUCCCUCGGUGUAACAAUCUGGGAGCUGUUUGAGUUGGGAAAUCAGCCGUACCGCCAUUAUUCAGAUCGACAAGUUCUCAGCUAUGCUGUAAAGGACCAGCAAUUGAAGCUGCCCAAGCCACUUCUUAAGUACUCUCUUUCUGACCGCUGGUAUGAAGUAAUGCAGUUCUGUUGGCUUCAGCCUGAUCAGAGGCCCGAUGCAGAAGAAGUUCAUUUGCUGCUUAGUUACUUAUGCGCCAAAGGAGCCAGUGAGGCAGAGGAAGACUUUGAAAGACGCUGGAACUCCAUGAGACCAAACACAAGCCAUGCUAAUGUUCUUGGAGCGGGUGCACUAGCAAUCGACAUGCCCAUGUCAUCCACCACUUCCUCAUUCCCCCUACUGGAGCAGUUCCCUACUGGAGAUGGCUACCAUUCAGAAUCUGGAGAUGACAUCCUAACGGUUACUGAAACCAGCCAUGGCCUCAACUUUGAGUACAAAUGGGAGCAGGCACGGGCUGAACAGCACUACCAUUCUUCAUCCACCUCAGGCACUUUGGGUCAAGGCAAUCCCCAUUGUCAGGAGGUCUACUAUCCUCCAAGUGGAAUAGUGGGGGGCUGUGCUGUUGAAGGACUCGCCCUUGGGGUUUCUCCUUCAUAUUAUGAGUCCAAACAAAUACACACCCCUGGUGUGGUACCAGUCCUGAGUGCUCACAGUCCAUCAGUGAGUAAUGAGUACUACAUUCGCAUUGAGGAGCCAGUACAAAGCAAUAUUGAUAUGAACUUCACCCUGUGUUCUUACAGCCCAGAUUUUGGGGGCAGCAACGGAAGCUUUCUAACAGGUAGUGGAGACUCUAGGGAGUGUAUGAACUGUCCCCCUGAAGCUAAACCAGACAUUUAUUGGUCAGCAGAUAUCCACAAAAGCAGUGCCUAUGAUUCUGACACCAGUCCUGCUAUGUCUCUAACUAUGGAGCCUCUUUUGGGUCAUGGUAGCCCUCUUAGAGCAUGGGAGUCUGGUCACUAUGUCUCAUACAAAGACAGAGAUGGAGGUUACUACUAUGAACCAUCACCUCCUAAGAUCAUGGACCGCUACCUGAUACGAGACCCAACAGAGCCUCCACAAGAGAGCUGGGGGUCUCGAAGCUUAAGACAAGCACUUGGGGAACUAGAGGAGCCUUUAGGUAUCUCUCCAUCAAUUGGAAGUCCUCCACAAGGCUAUGCUGAUCCUUACUUGGAGAACAUUCAAGGCUCCAUUAUAGGAAAGAAUGUUACAGGAGGAUAUUAUGAUAUGAUGGGGUCUUUGAGGAAGACUAUGCCAGGUAGCCACUCAGUUUGCAUUGACAUGGCGUCAGGUGGUGCUAUAUUUGUAGGACGAGAUGACAGCGACUCUGAGGACGAGGAAGACAUCUUUGUGGAAAGGCGAGCAAGAAGCUGGUCCACCAGCAAUCCAGCAAAUACAAACACAAGGAGCUUGCGUCAAAGGCAAGGGUCGUGUAUCCAAGAUUCGUAUGCAGAUUUCCACUACACUAUGCCGAUGACUGACGUUGAAGAUACAUGGCCAGAAGAUCAAACUCUGCCAUACCAUAUGGCCAAACCGAUUGACUACUUAGAGGCAACCGUGAAAAGCAACACUUGCCUGGUGCAUGGAAGACAUGUACCUUCAAACCCUUCACCCGAGUGCAGCUCGUAUAUCCAUAUGUGCCAUGAACCUAGAGAAGCUGAAGUAUAUCCUGUGCCAUGUUGUCAAGCUUUGAGCAGUUCGCAUUUUGUAGAUCCUCUAACAGGAACUCUUGUGAGGAACUGCUUUAUGAUUGACUGUAUUCCAGGGAAACCCAUGACAUUGCCCAGAAAAGACCAACAUCUAGGCCAAGCACCUUUAUCAGCUGGACCUAUAGUUUCCAAAAUAGAGUCAUCAAGGGAAGGUGCCAAACAGUUUGAUGUCUCACACCAGUAUGUGGAUAUUACGGUAGGAGAAACAAACUUAAAGCAAGAAAAAGCUUUGCAUGAAGAUGCAUCUCCAGUGGAUCCCAAAAGUGAAAUUAUUGCCAUCAAUCCACAGUUGGAGAAAUCCCAAGCAGAGUUAUCCAAAUCAGAACCAGAGUCAGACUUAAGCAAGACAGCAGACAGUGGUGUGGAUCAUGGACACUCUAGUAUCAGCCUAGUGGAGAUUGAUGACUGCAGUGAUGAUGACAUCACUGAUGUAACCUCAGGAAUUUUUGGUGACUUCACUGUUGAAGUGGAAACUGUUGACUACAUCAAUCCAACAUUCAAGUCAUUGCAAAAGCAGGUUGGUACCCCAGACUCCAUGGACUCCAUUGACAUACCAUCUACAGCAUGUUCCAGUGAGACACUCAGUCCUGCCUCCAUUCAUCCUUCAAGCUCUCCUAAGACAGUGGACAGUGGCUAUGACACCGAAAACAAUGAAUCUCCAGAAUUUGUCUUAAAGGAACCCCAUGAACUACAAGAUUCUAAGGUUUUCAUCCAACCCUUGGGAAAAGUGACAUCCGGGUCUAACUUUGAACAAGAGAUUACAAGGUCAGAGGAUGAGAAGCUAGAGGACAAUGUUGAUACUGUAAUGGCAUUGACAACAUCUGAGAGCAAUGAUGGAGAACUGAAGGCGCUGAGUGAUAAAACGCCAUACAGAGAUUCAGCCUACUUCUCUGACUAUGAUGCCGGGAAAGAUAAAGAAAGCGAAGAGGACAUCAAUGAACUCGAAGAUCAGAAAGAUGGACUGGAGGAAAUUAUAGAUAAAGAGGAACUACUUCCUCCCAAAAAGAAGGCAGAUGAAGAUGAAUAUCUUUUGCCAUCUACAAAGGAAAGGGAAAAAUCUCCUGAACACUCUCAUGGCGCAACUUCAAAUGUUUUAUCAAAAAUCAACGAAGGCAUGUCUGGUUGUGACACAAUCAGUAGUGUGUCUCUCUCAUCUUCUGAUAUUGAAGUAUCUAACAUAAAAGAUAAUUUUGGUGAUGAUGAAAUUAUUGUUGUAGAUUCAGAUCUUUCUGCAGAACUUGUACCAUCAGAAUCUGAAGUAUCUAAUUCAGAUGCUUUGCUUGGUCCUGAUUUAAAACAAAAAGAAUCUUUCAAACAAGUUGGUAGUGAAGAUAGUCUGUCUCUCGACCAAGUAAUUUCUGAGGGGGAUGUUGCUAACACCAGUAUUCCAGAGGUCCUUACUGAUGAGAAUGAAGAAGGUAUAGUCAGAGAUGUGAGCUGUAUCAUUUUGUCAGAAGAGGAACUAACAUCUCAGAAUGAAACAGCAGAAAGGAACAGUUCCCCUACACAUGAGGGACUGGAAUCCAGGAGUAAGGACUGUGAAGAAAGAGGGCGCAAACGAAGCUCCACACGUUCUGGCUCUCCUCCCCCUCCACUAGAAGGACGGGUAUCUCCCACAGAUGGAGAAGAGGCAGAUGAGGAAGAUGGCGACUCUGAGGAUAGCGAUGAGUCAGAUGAGGAGCUACGCACUUAUAGCAUUCAGGAGCAGAGUGAAGAAAGCGAGGACGAGAUCUUGACCGUACCUAUCAUUGUGAGUGACUGCAGUGAUGCACACAAACUCAGAAGUCUGCUUAAGAUACCAACGUUGCUCAACGAUUCACUGUCUGACGAAAUGGAGAACAAAAAGAAAGUGGUGUCUUUCUUUGACGAUGUCACCGUCUUUCUGUUUGACCAGGAAAGCCCCACCAGAGAGCUGGCAGAGAGUUUUCCUUUGGGUGGAGAGUCAAGCAAAUCGAGUGCAAAGAGUAAAACACAAAACCAGCAAGAAAAGAUCAAUGCCUCCGAUGACUCUUCUGAUGGAAACAUCUCAGAAGAGAGUGCAGGGUUUGAAUGGGAAGAUGAUUUCCCAUUGUUGCCCCUUCCCACAUCUUCUAAGAGGUCUCCUCCAGACGUCACUCCAAAGCCGAGCCUACCAAGUGGCAAUACUAAACCUGUGGCACAGGUCUCACGUUUUACCGUUUCUCCAUCUAACGUGUCACGUUUCUCCAUCACACAUGUCUCAGAUUCAGAUAUGGAUUCGGCAGGAGGUGAGACCGCACAUGUUUGAAGCAGUGUACCUACAAUAAUCUUUUUCCAGAUUAGCAGCUACAGGGAGCAGUGAAGAUGGGGAAAGAGAGUGAAUCACCAUACUACUGCCAACACUGAGCAGCACUGACAGACACUUAUUUAUUUUUGUUUGUUUAUUUAUUCAUUUUUAUCAAGGAGAUCACAAUAAGAAGGAGGUUUUGAUCUUUCUCUGAAAACCAUUUUUGGAUCCCCUCAAAAACAGUGCCUCUUCAUGUCAGCAAACACUUCAAACAAGCCCUUUCGGAUGGGCCCCAGAAGAAAAAAAAACCCCAUGAUAAUAUGUUAAGCGUAUUAUAAAUUAAGCUUAUUAUAAAUGAAACAGAGUUUGGAUGGAUCCGCUUAGUUUAUAUGGACCUACUGGAAACUGACUGUGACUGUUUACAACAUCAGAUACUGUAUUUUUGGAAAGUGUUGAAAAGACGCUAAAGUUAUCACUGCAUCAAAAAUUAAACAAGCAAAAUGUAACAAAACUAAAAUGAACUGAUUUUUACUGUGAAAUAUCAAUGCAGUGUUUGUCUAUAAAAGGAGGAGUUUUAAAAGGAGAGGUUAUUUAAGUGUUUUUAUGACUAAAAUGAAGUUCACGACACACAGCUGCCUUGUGUUUGUCACCUGCCUGAGAGUAGCAUUGUGUUUUGGUGACAUGGCAUUCUGAAACCACUUUUAUGAUUUUAUGAACAACCACACGCAUUAUUAUCCAAUCUAUUUCUUCAUGAUCUGAAUGCUUAGUGUUUUAGAUACUUUUGUUAUUUAUUUACUUAUUCAGUGCUUCGAUUUAAAUCAGUUUGCACAUGAUUUGUCACUUUUUGCUAUUUCCCUGUUCGUGGCAGAAAUCAUGUUUCACAGUUUGACUUUGAAUAUCUGCAGUUAAAUCCGUAAAUUAAUCAUAACAAAAAAAAAAUAGGUUAAAUUUUAACAUGCAGUAGAAAAGUAGAAAAACUCAAAAUAAUCUCAAAAAUAAAUAUUAAACCAUAUGUAAUUGACGACCUGUUAUGUGCUGGAGGAUUUGAUGAUUGUUUAUUGAUGUAUUUAGGGUGACUGCUAGUAAAGAGGGACACUUCGACUCAAGCAUCGUGAUUAAUAUAUUGUAGCCAUUUGGAUCAUAUUAUAAAAAAAAUGAUUACAAAUGAUCACAAAGUGUUCCGAUUUACCCGUAAUCGCCCUAUUAAAUGAUGCUGUACAUGCUUGCUACCUUCGAAGCCGGGUUGUAUUAUGAUCAGGGUGUUAAUCAUAUACUUAAGAGUGUUAUUUAUUAGUCAACAUGUUUUAUAUUUCCUUGAACUUUGAAGAACAGAUCGAUGCUUUCGAGCAUCGCAAGCCGCAACGCUUAACAGACUGCCAUGUCUAGUUGUUGGACUUUCUAAAAAUUGACUAGCUGAUAAAAACUAUUUGAACAAAAUGGACAUACGAUAUUGUGAUUUUUUUUUUUUUUUUUUUUUUUUUUUGUUCUCGUAUGGUUGGGAAACGACCAAUCGGACGUGGUCAAGGAGGACGAGCUGCUGAUGUGACUGAGGACCGUGUACAGUACCGAGGGACUCGAUGCUACCGAGCAUAAAUCUCAAUACGCUACUCUCGAUAUGUUCCGUUCGUUUGCCUGCGAAGGCCUUUAUUCUAUGUAAUCGUCUAGCUUUAGAUUGAACUAGACAACAGUCUGUACUAUUUUUGUAUUUGAUUCAACGAUUUUAAACUGCUGAAAGGUCAAAUGGGCUCUUACGACGAAGGCGAAAGGGGAAAAUGUGUGUUUUCUGCCAAAGAAACGUUAUCGGUGGAUGUGGCACGAGCCGGAUUUGCGUCCCGUGAGUUGUUCUGAUUCGGAGCGGCAGAUUCACAGAUUUUUCUCGGGGUAAAAAAAAAUUGCCUUUACGAUGGUUUUAAGUCGCGGUAUAAUGUUAAGCGAGAGUGUAUGUAAUUCUGUUCCUCAAAUGUGUCACAAAUUUAGUGAGAAAAAAAACAAUAAAAAUAUUCUGUUUGACGGUU